AUGGAGUGGAGAAGGGGUCCCGUUAUCGGCCGGGGCUCCUCCGCCACCGUCUAUCUCGCCACCACCGCCGCCGGAGAUCUUUUUGCAGUCAAGUCUAGCGAGCUUUCCGCCUCUGUGUUCUUACAGAAAGAACAACGCUUUCUUUCCCGAUUGAACUCACCCCAUGUGAUUUCAUACAUGGGUUUUGAUGUUGAUUAUGAUAACAACAAACCCAAGUAUAAUCUGUUCAUGGAGUACGCUGCCGGCGGCACAAUUUCCGACGUCAUCAAGAACAAUGGUGGGUCACUUGAUGAAUCUUUGAUCCGAUCUUAUACCCGUCAAAUCCUUCUCGGAUUAAAUCAUCUUCACUCGAAUCAUUUGGUGCAUUGCGAUAUUAAAUGUGAAAAUAUCUUGGUGGGUGAAAAUGGUGUCAAGAUCGGCGAUUUGGGUUGUGCUAAAUUGGUGGAGAACGCCACCUCCGAGUUCUCCGGUACACCGGUUUUCAUGGCGCCGGAGGUUGCACGUGGCGAAGAACAAGGGUUUGCAGCUGAUGUAUGGGCUCUUGGGUGUGUAGUAAUCGAAAUGGCGACAGGAUCUAACCCGUGGCCGGAAGUGAAUGAUCCGGUUUCUGCUUUGUACCGAAUCGGGUUUUCCGGUGACUUACCGGCGUUCCCACGGUGGCUGUCGGCGGAAGCUACAGAUUUCUUGACAAAAUCGUUGAAAAGAGAUGCUAAAGAGAGAUGGACAACGGAACAACUUCUCCGACACCCAUUUGUCGAUAAUUCGAACCCUGAUUUUACAAAAGUUGAAGAAUUUACGAAAAGUUCUCCGACGAGUAUUUUGGAUCAAGAUUUUUGGAGUUCGUUGGAGGUGCCGGAAUCUUCGCCGGCGGUGAUACAAACGGUCAAGUUUUCCGGUGAAUCUCCUGUGGACAGGAUGAAUCGAUUGAUUGAAGCUUCUACUUCAAUGAAUCCAUCUUUACCCAAUUGGGAAGAUGAUGGGAAUUGGAUCUUGAUUAGAAGUAAUGACACCGAAGAAGGUUUUAAGAUGUCUGAAUGGAUUCAGUCGUAUCUGUUUUCGAAUUUUCGUGUAGGAAAAAUGGGGGGUUUUGAUUUAUUGGUGAUGGAAAAUCAUGUUGUUGAAGGUGGCAAUCAAAGUGUCACAAAUGGACUUCUUUGA